CUGUUUUCAUCCCAGGAAGCAUCUGUUUAAGUUUGAGCCCUUCCAUUGCCCACUCACUCUUUGAAGAGAGACUUGUUGGUAAGACGAAGGAUGGGAGACUUUAAACCUGGGAUAGUAGCAGCUGCAAAGAACCGUCUGCAGGUGGUCAAGGGCUUAGAGGAUGUGGAAGUGUCUGAAUGUGAGAGCGUCUCCUUUGAGGUGACCCUCAACCUGGCCUACAUCGAGGGCGCAUGGACCAGGGAUGGGAUACAGCUGAAGUCAAAGCCCCACUGUCGAAUUAGUAUGCAUGGCAAAAAACACUCACUCACACUGAACCGGGUGACUGUGGGCGACGCAGGCCUGUUGUCCUUUCAGGCCGACGGUGUUCAGACCUCAGGCAAACUCAGUGUCAGAGCCAGGGACAUUCAAGUGGUGAAACAACUCGAGGAUGUGGACACAGUAGAGCGUCAGCCAGUUCAAUUCACCUGUGAGGUCAACCAGGUGGAUGUGGAUGGCCGCUGGUACAGAGACGACUGCCGCAUUCGACCUGGGGACAACAUCAAAAUCAGGCAUCAGGGUAAAACUCACACCUUGAGUUUUAAGUCAGUCAGGCCAGAACACGCUGGAGAGAUCAGAUUCACAGCAGAACGGGUCUCAUCUUAUGCAACUCUCAGAGUUAAAGAGCUGCCAGUCCAAAUAGUGCGUCCUCUGAGGGUCAAGAUAGCAAUGUAUCACCAUCGAGGUCUGCUGGAGUGUCAGGUGUCUCGACGUAAUGCUCAGGUCAGGUGGUACAAGAACAGGAAGGAGCUUCUGCCCAGUAAGAAGUACCAACUCAUCAGCCAAGAUGUGUACAGGCAGCUGACCAUUGACGAUGUCUGCUCUUCAGAUGAGGACACCUAUACCUGUGAUGCAGGAGACGACAAAACAUCUUGUCAGCUUCUGGUGGAAGAACAGGCCAUUACCAUCAUACGGGACAUGAGUUCAGUGGAUGUGAUGGAGCCAGACCCUGCACUGUUCCAGGUGGAGACCAACCUCAAGUCUGGAAGGCCCCCUAGAUGGACCCUAAAUGGUGAGGUUCUAGAGCCGAGCCCACUCGUGGACAUCAGCAGGGACGGCACCGUCCACAGUCUGUGUCUCACCUCGACAGACAGCUCCAUGUCUGGUCCUGUGCUCUUUGUUGCUGGAAAAAGUCGUUCCAGUGCUCAGCUCACUGUGAAAGAGCGGCCUCUUCAGAUUGUGCAUCAUUUGGAUGACAUGGAGGUGAAAGAGAACAGCUCUGUGACUCUGAGCUGUGAGUUCACUCCCUCCCCUAGGGUGGUGCGCUGGUUCAAAGGUCGAACAGCUCUGAAGACCUCAAACAAGUACAGCAUGAGGAGGGAAGGCAGACGUGCACAACUGACCAUCCAUGGCCUGACAGGCAUGGAUGCAGGGCAGUACCGCUGCAUGGCCGGAGGUUCACAGAGCAGUUCACAUGUCAGAGUAGAAGUGCGAACACUAAAACUGGUCAAACACAUUGAGCCAGUGGAAAUUGAGGAGGAUGGAGCUGCCAGGUUCUCAUGUGAGCUCAAUUACGUCGUUGCAAAUGUUGAGUGGCUCCUCAAUAAUGUCCGGAUCUGUCCCAGUGCCAUCAACAAGAUCCAGCACAUGGGCACUAUCCACAGCCUCACGCUAAAAAAACUACGACCACAAGAAGGAAAAGUCACCUUCAAAGCAGGUUUUCUUACUGAAACAACAGCCCUAAAGGUUAAAGAGCGCCCAGCGGUGUUCCUGAGGUCUCUGGAGGAUGUGGCUGGAGAAGAGCAAAGGGACGUCUGUUUACAGUGUGAAAUUUCCAAAGAGACGGUGACCCCUGUGUGGAAAAAGGAUGGGAUGGCGCUGUCAGCUAAUGACAAACAUGAACUGCUCCAAUAUGGAAAGUCAGUGGCACUGAUCAUCCAUUCACUGUCCAAGGAUGAUGCUGGACAGUACACCUGUGAUCUGGGCACCAGCCAGACCAAGGCCAGGGUCAUAGUUCACGAUUUGCAUGUGUCCAUUGUUCAGCGUUUAAAGACCACCCUGGUCCUGGAAGGAGAAAGCUGCAUUUUUGAGUGUCUCCUGUCUCAUGACCUUUGUGAUGAGCCAUCGUGGAGUAUUAAUGGUGAGGAGGUGGUCGCCAACAGCCGGAUUCAAGUCGUCAACAAUGGUCGGAAGUAUAGGUUGACUCUUAAAGAUGCCAUGCUGUCUGAUGCAGGAGAUGUGGUCUUCACACUUAAAGACUUAAGCUGUAGGACCAUGCUGUUUGUUAAAGAGAAGCCGGUGCACAUCUUCAGGGAACUGCUGAAUGUCAAGGCAGUGCCAGGUGAGGAUGCAGAGCUGAGCUGUGAAAUAACAAAACCAGAAGUCACCAUCCGCUGGCUGAAAAAUGGCCACGUGAUCAGACAGAGUCCCAAGUAUGAGAUGAGUGUGGAAAAGAACCUGGCCCGACUGGUGAUCAGGAACAGCACCAUCAGAGACUCUGGGGAGUACUGCUGUGAGGCUGAAGGCGUCGCCUCCAGAGCCAAGCUGGACAUCAGAGAGCUCCAGCACACAUUUGCCCGAGAGUUAAAGGAUACAAGAGCAGAGGAAAAAGGUAAAGUCAUCCUGGAGUGUGAGACGAGGCGUCCGGCCAAACGUGUGACCUGGCUGAAGGGCAUGGUGGAGCUGAGAGCUGGGAGGAAGUACGUCAUGAGGCAGAAAGGCGUGGUGCUGUCGCUGACCAUCACCACCCUGGAGAAAUCCGACACAGAUAUUUACAUAUGUGACGUUGGUACCAUGCAGAGUCGGGCACAGCUGACGGUACAGGACCAGAAGGUGUUGAUCCUUGAUGAACUGGAGGAUGUUGAAUGUCUGGAGGGAGACACAGUGACAUUCAGAUGCCGGCUCUGUCCCAGUGACUUUACUGGAGUCAAAUGGUAUCUGGACGAGACUCUGCUGUACACGAAUGAGCUCAAUGAAAUCCAAAUGACCCCUGGAGGUUACCACACACUCACAUUUAGACAACUGGCUCGCAAAGACACUGGUACUAUUUCAUUUGCAGCGGGAGACAAACGAUCAUAUGCCUCGCUGUUGGUUAGAGAGCGACGUCCCACCAUCAUUAAAGCGCUGGAGGACUGUGAGGCUGUUGAAGGAGGUGGUUUGGUUUUGUCUUGUGUUGCUUCCAAACCAUGUCACAUCCUGUGGUACAAAGAUGGCUGCCUGAUGUGGAACUCAUCCAGGUAUUUUGCCAGUCGUUCAGGAUGCGAAGCUCGGCUAACCAUUCGGGAAGUAUGCACUGGUGAUGCAGGGGUUUACGAGUGCAGCGCUGGCUCUGUGACCACCAGGGCUGUCAUCACAGUAAAAGCCAUCCCAGCAGAGUUCCUCCAGCCUUUAAAGAGUGUUGAGGCCAAAGAGGGGGAGACUGUCACACUGACCUGUGAAUACUCUCUGCCUGGUGUCCUGUUUCACUGGAGGAAAGGUUUGGAGAGCCUCCGAGCUGGAGAAAAGUAUGUCAUGAAACAGAGGAAGACCAUCAACUGUCUGACCAUCAAAGCCUUGAAGCCUGAGGACUCUGGAGAAUACACCUGUCAGUGCAGAGACCACAACACUACAGCAAGCCUCAAAGUGCAUGCGAUCCCUAUUACAUUCAUACAACAGCUGAAGAACAUUCAAGCAGAGGAGGGCACCAAUGUCCUGUUGCGGUGUGAGCUGUCCAAACCUGGGAUUCCAGUGGAAUGGAGAAAGGCACAUGAGCAGUUGAGGAACGCUGUGAAACACCAGAUACGGAAAAGGGACACAACUCAGGAGCUCCUGAUCUGGAAAUCUGUCCCUGAGGACAGUGGUGUCUACAGCUGUGUGUGUGAUGACCAGACCACAUCAGCCAAUGUCAAAAUCAUUGCUCUACCCGUGACCUUCAAGCAGAAGCUGAGGAAUGUGUCAAUUGAGGAGGGAAACACUGCGACUCUACGCUGUGAACUGUCAAAACCUGGUCAGACUGUGGAGUGGAGGAGGAGAGGAGAUGAGCUUAUUCGAAAUGGAGACAAAUAUCAUAUACGGCAGAGAGACAUGCUGAUUGAACUGAGAAUAUUUGACGUGAUGCCAGAGGACAGUGACAUCUACACAUGUAUCUGUGGAAACAUAGAGUCCACAGCAACUCUGACUGUCAAUGCUCUUCCAAUCACCUUUCGGCAGAAACUGAAAAACCUUCAAGUGGAGGAAGGUCAAAACAUCACCCUUCAUUGUGAGGUCUCUAAACCCAGUAUUCCAGUUGAAUGGAGGCUUGGAGGAGAUCUGCUAGAGAAUGGAGAGAGGUACCAGAUUAGGCACAGGGAUUCCGUCCAGGAGUUGACCAUUUCAGACGUUGUCCCAGAGGACAGUGGAGUCUACACCUGUGUGUGCAGGGAAGCGAAGACAAAGGCUACAGUGAAAGUUAUUGCGGUUCCUGCCACGUUUAAAGUCGGCCUGAAGAGCCAACAGACUGAAGAAGGGAGCAGUGUGGUGUUACACUGUGAGCUCUCAAAGAAGGGAGUCCUGGUGCAGUGGCAGAGGGAGGGCACAGCACUGUCUGAGGAGGGGUCAAAUGGAAAGUAUCACAUAAAACUGGAAGCAAAGACGGCUCAGAUCACCAUUCACAAUGUCCAACCAGAAGAUUCAGGGAAGUACAGCUGCAUCACAGGAGAUGAGAAAACGACGGCUGAACUUAAAGCUCUUCCUGUGACAUUCAAACGAGAGAUCCAGCGUGUGCUUGUAAAAGAAGGAGACAAUGGGAUGUUUUGUGGUGAGCUUUCCAAAGCUGGAGCUACAGUAGAAUGGAGGAAAGGCAGAGUCAUCCUGAAGCCUGGCAGCAAGUAUGAGAUGAAACAGGAUGGGCGAGUCAUUAAAUUAUUUAUCAACCACGUGGAGGAGAGUGAUGCUGGCAAGUAUACCUGCAAGACUAAAGACAGCCAGGCCAUGGCUGAGCUCAUAGUACAAGAUCUGCCUCCACGUUUCAAGCUGCCUCUGUUUAACCAGGAGGUGACAGAGGGACACAGUGUGGUUCUGCACUGUGAACUGACCAAACCUGGCUUCUCAGUAGAGUGGAGGAAAGAAGGGGAGCUGCUAAAGAAUGGAGACAAGUAUCAGAUGAGGAAGAAGGAACUCCAGGCAGAGAUGAAAAUGACAGAGGUCAGUCUGGAUGACACAGGAGAUUAUACCUGUAUAUGUGGGGAGGAAAGAACGACUGCCACCAUCAGGGUGAACGAACGUCCUGUUAAAUUCAUUCAAGAGCUGAAAAAUAUCCAGGUGCAGGAAGGGAAUGGGGUGACUCUUUGCUGUGAGCUCUCCAAGCCUGACAUGUCAGUACAGUGGAAGAAAGGUGACUGUGUUCUGAGCAGUGGAGACAAGUACCAGAUGAAGCAGAACGGCUGCGUCCUGGAGCUCCUCAUGAAGAAAAGCCAGCCUGAGGACAGUGGCGUCUACAGCUGUGUUUGUGAUGACAUUAAAACAACUGCCACUGUUAUCAUCACAGCGAUCCCAGUCACUUUUAAGCAGAAGUUAAAGAAUCAAGAGGCUGUGGAGGAGGGUAAUGUGAUGCUGCGCUGUGAGCUUUCCAAAGCGGGAGUCCCAGUGGAGUGGAGGAAGGACGCUCAACUCCUGCACCAUGGAGACAAAUAUCAGCUGAAGCAAGAGGGCAGGGUGGCCGAGAUGACGAUUAUGAACCUAGCUCUGACAGACGCUGGAGAGUACAGCUGUUAUGUUGGCUCUGUGGUUACUACAGCUGACAUCAAAGUAAGAGCACUCCCUGUAACAUUUAAGACGGAGCUGGGGAAUGUGGAAGUGAAGGAAGGAGACAGCGGGGUGUUGUACUGUGAACUGUCCAAACCUGGAGCUCCAGUUGACUGGAGGAAAGGCCGGGUUGUCCUGAAGCCAGGAUAUAAAUACGAGAUGAAACAGGAGGGAUGUCUCAUCAAACUCAUCAUCAACAACACAGAAGAGACGGACACUGGGAAGUACACCUGCAAGACUAAAGACAGCCAGUCCACAGCUGAGCUCACAGUCAAAGCACCUCCUGUCACGUUCAAGACCAAGUUAAAGAACCAGCAGGUGGAGGAGGAGAACAACGUGAUGCUGAGUUGUGAACUGUCAAAGGCCGGCCUCGCUGUGGAAUGGAGGAAAGGAGAAGAACUGCUCAAGAGUAACUUUAAGUAUCAGAUUAAAAGUCGAGACAGUGUCAAGGAGCUGACCAUCAAAAACUCCCAGCUGGAGGACAGCGGACUGUACAGCUGUGUAUAUGGAGACACCAAGACCACCGCCAACAUCAGUAUCACACCUAUUCCCCUGACGUUUAAGCUGGGACUGAAGAACCAGGAGGCGGCUGAAGGAGGCAACGUGACCCUGCACUGUGAACUGUCCAGGACCGGGGUGCCUGUGCAGUGGUGGAAGGGGGAAGACCAGCUCUAUCAUGGAGGGAGAUACCAGAUGAAACUGACAGGAAAGGUCGCUGAGAUGAACAUCAGGAAUAUCCAGCCAGAGGAUGUGGGAGAGUACAGCUGUGUCUUCGGAGAGCAGAAGACAACGGCUGAAGUCAACGUCAGAGCGGCAGCAUCUGUGUUCUUUGAAAAGGAGCUGGAGAACCAGGCAGUGAUGGAGGGCAAACCGCUGCUGUUCUCUUGUGAAAUUUCCAGUCCUAAUGUCCCAGUCACUUGGAAGAAGGAUGACACAGUAAUUGUAGAAGGAGGACGGUGUAUUUUAAAGAAGAAAGGCCCUACACAUUCACUGGAAAUCAAGAAACUGCAACUGGAAGAUGCCGGAGAGUACUGCUGUAUCACCAGGGGCAAGAAGACCACCGCCAAGUUGAUUGUGAGGGAGCGCGUGAAGAUUGUAACAGAACUGCAGGAUGUAACAGUGUCAGCGGGAGAGGACGCUGUCUUCACCUGUGAGCUGAGCCACUCAGACGUGAAUGAGGGCGUCUGGUGGCUCGGCUCCAGCCCGCUGCAGAAGAACGAGAUGAACCAGAUGAUGUGCUGUGGACGCCAACACCGUCUGGUCCUCACCAUGACGACACCCGAAGAGACUGGCACUGUGGCGUUUGUGGUUGGAGAGGAGAGGACAUCUGCUCACCUCUUAGUGGUUCCUAAACCAAAGGUUUUAUUCGAAGAGAAACCCAAAGAUGUGAUGAUCAUGGAGGGAGAGAUGGCCACUCUAUCAUGCACAACUUCUGACUCUACCACCCCGGUUGUUUGGAGGCGCAACCAUAUCCCUCUGCAAAAUGGAGAUAAAUAUAAUAUCUACAAAGAGGGAAAGCUCAACCUUCUGCUUAUCUACGAUGUGGACCCACUGGACACUGGCACAUACACCUGUGAUACGGGAGAUGUACAGAGCAGUGCUAAACUCACUGUAACCGAGCUUCCACCAUUUUUCCAGGAGGAGCUGCAGAGUGUGGAGGCUGAGGAGGGCGCUGCAGUGUCUCUGUACUGUGAACUGUCUAAACUGGGAGUGCCCAUACAGUGGAAGAAGAACAGGCAGCCACUGAGAGCCAGCAGGAAAUAUGAAAUUAAGCAGGAUGGCUGCCUCCUCCAGCUUAUCAUCAAGGAUCUGAAACUGGAGGACAGCGGCAGCUACACAUGUCAAGCAGGAGGUGAAGAGACCUCUGCAACCGUGUCAGUGAAAGAACUUCCUCCAGUCUUCAAAAAAGAAUUGCGAGGCAUAGAGGUCGAUGAGGGAGGUAUUGCAUCCCUGCAGUGUGAGCUGUCCAAGCCAUGGCCCUCAGUACAGUGGAAGAAGAACAGACUGCCGCUGAGAACCAGCAGGAAGUAUGAAAUGACACAAGAUAGCUGCAUCGUCCAGCUCCACAUCAAGGAUCUUAAACCAGAGGACAGCGGCAGCUACACAUGUCAAAUAGGAAGUACAGAGACCACUGCAGCUGUGACAGUGAAAGAGCUCCCACCCUUCUUCAAGGUGAGCCUGCAGAGUGUACAGGCUGAGGAGGGGGGAACCACAUCCUUGUGCUGUGAACUGUCUAAACCUGGAGUGUCGGUACAGUGGAAGAAAAACAGACUUCCACUGAGAUCCAACAGGAAGUAUGAAAUGAAACAAGAUGGCUGCAUCGUUGAGCUCCAUAUCAAGGAUCUCACACCUGAAGAUAGUGGCAGCUACACAUGUCAAGUAGGAAGUGAAGAGACCACAGCAGCUGUCACAGUGAAAGAGCUUCCACCAUUCUUUAGGAAAGAACUACAGAGUGUAGAUGCUGAAGAAGGAGGUUCAGCCUCUCUGUGCUGUGAACUGUCUAAACCAGGAGCACCAGUACAAUGGAAGAAGAACAGGAUGGUACUCAGAGCCACGAGCAAGUAUGAGAUGGAACAUGAUGGCUGCCUGGUUCAGCUCCAUAUCAGGGACCUUAAACCAGAGGACAAAGGCAACUACACAUGUCAGACAGGAAAUAUAGAAACCACUGCAGCUGUCACAGUGAAAGAGCUCCCUCUGUUUUCUGAAGAAUUGGAGAGCAUCACGGCUGAGGAGGGAAGUGUAGCUCGUCUGUGCUGUAGACUGUCUAAAGUUGGAGCAUCAGUGCAGUGGAAGAAGAACAGACUGUCACUGAGAGCCAGCAGCAAGUAUGAGAUGAAGCAGGAUGGCUGUGUUGCUCAGCUCUACAUAAAAGAUCUUGAACUUGAAGAUAGUGGAAGAUAUACUUGUCAAGUCGGAGGUGAACAAACCACUGCAACAGUGACAGUAAAAGAACUUCCAAUUUACAUCCAGGAAGAACUACAAAGUGUAGAGGCUGAGGAGGGAUGUACAGCUUCUCUGUAUUGUAAGAUGUCCAAACCUGGGGUGUCAGUACAGUGGAAGAAGAACAGACUGCCACUGAGAGCCAACAGGAAAUAUGAACUGAAACAGGACGGCUGCCUCCAACAGCUUCAUAUUAAGGAUCUCAAAGCUGAGGACAGCGGCAGCUACACAUGUCAGGCAGGAAGUGUAGAGACCACUGCAAGUCUGACAGUAAUAGAGUACCCACUGUUCUUCAAGAAAGAUUUGCAGAAUGUGGAGGCAGAAGAGGGCAGUAUAAUCUCUCUAUGCUGUGAACUGUCUAACCCUGGAGUAUCGGUACAGUGGAAGAAGAACAGACUGCCCCUGAGAGCCAGCAGGAAGUAUGAAAUGAAACAAGAUAACUGCAUUGUUCAGCUCCACAUCAAGGAUCUUAAACCAGAGGACAGCGGCAGCUACACAUGUCAAAUAGGAAGUGAAGAGACCACUGCAGCUGUGACAGUGAAAGAGCUCCCACCCAUCUUCAAGGUGGAUCUGCAGAGUGUAGAGGCUGAGGAGGGAGGAACCACAUCCUUGUGCGGUGAACUAUCUAAACCUGGAGUGUCGGUACAGUGGAAGAAGAACAGGGUGCCUCUGAGAUCCAACAGGAAGUAUGAAAUGAAACAAGAUGGCUGCAUCAUUGAACUCUACAUCAAGGAUCUUAAACCUGAAGACAGCGGCAGCUACACAUGUCAAGUAGGAAGUGAAGAGACCACAGCAGCUGUCACAGUGAAAGAGCUUCCUCCAUUCUUCAAGAAUAGACUACAAAAUGUAGAGGCUGAGGAGGGAGGUUCAGCCUGUCUUUGCUGUGAACUAUCUAAACCAGGAAUGUCUGUACAAUGGAAGAAGAACAAGCUUCCAGUGAGAGCCAACAGGAAGUAUGAAAUGAAACAGGAUGGCUGCCUUGUUGAGCUCCACAUCAAUGAUCUUAAACUAGAGGACAAAGGGAGCUACACAUGUCAGACAGCAAAUAUAGAAACAACUGCAACUGUCACAGUGAAAGAGCUGGCUCCAUUUUUCAAGACAGAACUUCAAAAUGUGCAGGUUGAAGAAGCGGCUUCAGCCACUCUGUACUGUGAAUUGUCCAAACCUGGAGUGUCAGUACAGUGGAAGAAGAACAAGCUGCCACUAAGAGCCAGCAGCAAGUAUGAAAUGAAACAGGAUGGCUGCCUGGUUCAGCUCCACAUCCAGGAUCUUGAAGUGGAGGACAAAGGCAGCUAUACCUGUCAGGCAGGAAGUGCAGAGACCACAGCAACUGUGUCAGUGAAAGAGCUUCCUCCAUUCUUCAGGAAAGAGCUCCAACAUGUCAAGGCUGAGGAAGGAGGUUCAGCAUCUCUGUGCUGUGAACUGUCUAAGCCUAGAGGGUCAGUCCAGUGGAAGAUGAACAAGCUGCCAUUGAGACCCAGUAGCAAGUAUGAAAUGAAACAAGAUGGCUGCAUUGUUCACCUCCACAUUAAGGAUCUCAAACCUGAAGACAGUGGCAGCUACACAUGUCAAGUGCAAAGUGCAGAAACCACUGCAAAUGUGACAGUGACAGCACAAUCUACAACACUGAAGGCAGAGCUUCCCACAGCACGGCCUCGUUCAAAGGGUUCUGCUUCCAAAGUGACGUAUACAUCAGAAGACGAGAGGCCCGACGUUCCAGAGGCAAAACCUGUUCCUCCAGAGCCUAAAAAGAGGAUGAGAAAAGCGUCUAUUACGAACUCAGAAAAAGACAUGGAGCUGACGUUUGACUUAAAACAUCCAAUACAAUCAGUACUGAGAGAUAAGACAAAAGACCAAGAGUGCAUUCAAUCUGUGCAAGCUCCAGAAAAAAACCUUGAUGUUUCACACAAUAUUCAUGAACUGGACUUAAAAAAGCAUAAAGAUGAUGCAGUGUACAAGGAAGGUGAUAAACCUAUAAAACUACUAGAGAAGGAAAAUAAGGUUGAUGGGAGAGUGGGCAAGUUAGUCAGACCUUUGGAAACAGAGGAUGAAGUUGGUAUGGAAAACAAACAACCAGAAAUGAAAGUGGAAAAAUUAAUAAAGGUUGACCAUAAAGUAAGUGAGUUAGUCCAAGAUCCUACUGAGGUUGUGACUGAACAAGAGAAACACCCAUUAUUAUACCCAGAAAAGGACACUGAAGCUGAACGGAGCCUGAAACGACAUGAGAAACAGAAAACAAGUGAAGUUGAGAAAAAGGUGUGCAAACCAGACAAAGUCCUGUGGACGAACACUGAGAAAGAAAAACCAACUAUAACACCACAAGAAAAGAUUGUUGGGAAAGAAACUAUGAAGGAGCAAGAGCUGAAGUUGAAAGUGGAAGAAAAUAAUGCAGAUGAGACCAAAGAGGAGCAAUUGAAACCACCGGUAAGGUCUAAAGGAAAGGUAACAGGGGUCAAAGAACCACUAAAGGAUGUCAGAAAAGAACUUGAGGAGGUUAUUCAACAAAUCAAGCCUAUGAUUAAUGAUUAUAAAGGAGAAAAUAGAGAUGGUAUGAAGCAAAAGCAAAUAUCUACUGAAGCAGAGAGGGAGAAAAAAACCCUGACACCACUGACUCCCGUCAGGCAUAUGGAAAAUACCCAACAAUCCAGAGAACUGGUAGAACAAAACCCAAUAAAAGAGAUAAGAGAAGAAAAAGAGGUCCCUCCAAAAGCACCCAUGAGGACAAAAAGCAAAGCUAAGGGGAUGGGAAGACAAUCAUCAAGAGACACUGAGACUGAUCAAGAUGAACUGACAACAUGUACAGUGAAAGUGACAGCUGAUCAGCCAGUAAAACCUUUGAAGACGGAGGCUGAAGAGAAACCCAUAUUUCAGAAUGACCAGCAAUUAAUGAUGACAGAAGUAGCUCAGAAGGAGAAACAACCAGGGAAAGUCUCACAGAAGGAGUCAAACAUCAAACAGCCACUCAAACAACCAGUAAAACCGAUGAGAAAAGAGCUUGACAUAGGCCAAGUAGAACCAAUGAGAAGAGAAGCAGGACAACAGACACCAAAGGUGACAGAGGACAUCCCUCUGCUUUAUAUUUCUGAAGAUGAAACCUUCUCAGAGGCUUUGACUGAAAUAACAGUGGACAGUAUUCAGGCUCUUAGUUCUUUUGUUGAGGAUUCAACCAAAGUCACUGGCCCACUUCAUCCUGAAGUCCUGCAGAAUGACCAGCCCUCUAGUGAGAGCUUGGCCAUUGAGGAUGAACCACAAAUGCAAGAUGCUGCAGUGAAGAUCCAAGCAGCGUUCAAAGGCUACAAAACCCGAAAAGAAAUGCGACCUGUCUUCAAAGAGGUAUUCAAGAACCAGAAUGUAGAUCUUCACGGCACGCUCAGCCUCACAUGUGUUGUCGAAGGAAAACCCAGUACGGUGCGCUGGUUGAAAGGCGGACAACCAAUCGCUAAUGACAAUAGAUGCCACGUUAAGACGGCAGAGACUGGUGUUUGCACACUGGUAAUUACCAGCAUGAGGAUUAAAGAUAGUGGCAUCUACACCUGUGAAGCAGUGAAUAAGUUUGGCGUGACCUCCUACAAUGGAAACGUAACAGUUGUACAGCCUCAGCAGCCUGUAGCUCCAGUGGUUCAAAAACCUGUACACCCACCUCUUGCAGCCAUAACUCCCCUACAGCUUGCCCCAGUAAAGCCUGAGAACCCAACCAGAACCCAGCCUCAAACUCAAGCCCCGGAACCAGCUCCAGUCACAGAAACUACAACCUAUGUAGAAAGUGUGAGUGUCUCUUUGUGGGAGGCUUACAACCUAACGGAGCAGGACACUCAAAUUAACCUACAUGAGGACAGAAGAUCUUCAGUCAUAGCCAGCUCAAUGUCCAGUCCCUCUGAUUAUGAAACCGCACCAGAUAUAAUGGAACCUGUGGAGACACUCCAAGCUUCACCAAGGGAAGUGACAAAAUCUGCAGACCAAGAACCUGCCAAGGAUGAACAAGAACAGAUCCUAGCUCCACUGCCUCUGAAGCAGCUGCUGAAAAUCAAAGGGGCUCAUGAAGGCAAAAUGAGGACCCCUUCUCCUAAGCACCAUCGUGCCCACACACCUUUAGCAAGUACUGUUUCCGGAUCAGAGUCCGAAGGGGAAGAGGACAGACAAGAGACAUUUGAAAUAUAUGUGGCGCGAGCUGACUGCAGCCCAAACAGUGGAAACAAGGACAGUUUCAUUCUGAAAGAAGGCCAAUACGUUGAGGUCCUGGAUUCUGUCCUUCCCAACCGAUGGCUCAUUCGGACAAAACCAACAAAAACUAACCCUGCCCGACAGGGAUGGGUGUGUCCGGCAUAUCUGGAAAAGAAAAGAAAGGAAACCUUCCCACAAAUAAGGACGCCACAAGAGGACCUCAAUGGAAUUGGAUCAACAGUAGAGGAGUACAGGAAAGCGUCAAGCCAACUCAUCCAAGGCCUGAUUGAUGGAGAAGAGGAGUUUGUAAAGCAGAUGAAGAUGUUUACCUCUCGCCAGCUACAUCACAUCGAUUCCAGUCGACACAUCCCCAUCAACAUCCUCAACCAGAAAGAAAUCAUUUUCAGAAAUAUCAAGGAAAUUGUGUUAUUACAUGAGAGAUUGAUCCUCCCUGGCCUCAGCGCCUGCAUCACAGAUGAUGACGUGGCCAUGCAUUUGAUCAAACACUCUGAAGACUUUGAGAAGUAUCUUCACUACAUAGUGGGACAAGCACAAGCAGAGGCCUGCAUUACUGACAAGAACAUACAACAAUUUUUCAAAGGGUUAACAGAGUCUGGUAAACCUGAGGCUCCUGUCAUGGAUGUGCUGACCUUCCUCCAGAGUCCAAUCGAAAGGAUUCAAACCUACCAAGCAUUACUGAAGGAGCUGAUCAAAAACAAAGCCAAGAGUGGCCAGAACUGCAGUCUGUUGGAAGAUGCCUUUUCCACUGUUUCCUGUCUGCCCUGGAGGUCUGACAAUCUGCACCAGGUGUCCCUCAUCCAGAACUACCCGACUCCUCUUAAAGCUCUUGGUGAACCGGUGCGACAGGGAGUCUUCUCAGUGUGGGAGGACACUCCUGAAAUGAAGCCACUCUCUAGGGGGCAUCAGAGACAAAUGUUUCUGUUUAAGGAAUGUAUUGUACUGUGUAAGGUGAAAAAAGACACCAGCACCAACAGCGACACAUACACCUUCAAGAACAAAAUGAAGCUAAAUGAUGUGGAAAUAAAGGAGAGUGCUGGAGGGGAUGAAAAGUGUUGGGGGUUGUGGCAUGAGCACCGGGGGUCCCUGAGGAAGUACACACUGCAGUGUCGGUCUGCACUGGUCAAACUCUCAUGGCUCAAGGACCUGAAGGAACUGCAACAACGUUCUACUUUGUUAAACAACAACCCGCCAGUGUUUGAAUCACCUUUGUCAGACUGCACAACAAAGAUAGGACAGACAAUCAAACUCACCUGUAAGGUCACAGGAUCCCCCAAACCAAACAUCAGCUGGUUUAAAGAUGGUCUUCCUUUGGAGGACGAUCCCCGUCACAUCAUUACAGCAGACCGGACAGGUACAUGCAGCCUCAUCUUGGACAGCCUCACUGCUGACGACUCUGGACAGUAUGUGUGUUAUGCUUCCAACUCCAUGGGCUCAACUGGCUCUCUGGCUAAGGUUGUAGUGCAAGCCCCACCUAGAUUCAUGAGUCGGCUGGAAAGUGUGUGUUUAAUAGAUGGUGAAGAUAUCAUUUUCACUUGUUCUACACUCACUACUCCUUUACCACGAGUCAGGUGGUUAAAGGGUGGCAGAGAACUGACUAACCAGCAUAAAUACUCAAUCCUGAACGAUGUUCGCAGCGGAAUCCUGAGCCUCACGGUCAUCAGAGCAACAGAGGCAGAUAUUGGACAAUAUGAGUGUGAGCUCUGGAAUGAGUUUGGCUGCGUGAAGUGCAAGGCAGGUCUGUGUCCCGCUUACGUGCCUCCGAUUGACAUUGAAAUCGACCAACCACAAGACUUGCCUCCUAAAGAUGUAGACUCUGAGGGCUGGUCCACCACCUUUGUAAAGAAAUGGCUGCAGACAGACAUCAGCGCCACCUCUAUUGCAAAAUUACUUUUCCCACCUGGAUCCACUGAGCAAACAAGCACUGAGGGGGCAGUUUCUACCCCUGUGUCUGUGGAUGACGCAGUACAGCAGCCUCUGUAUUACCUAGAGGAAGUGGAGGAAGAGAUCUACAUCUCAGAGGCGAUGCAGGAUAUCACAGAUGCUCCUCCAUCUGUCCAGGUCCCCACUGAGGACCUGUGUGUAGAGCCUGGCCAAUCAGCUACAUUUACUGCCAUCAUCACAGGACGGCCCAUUCCUACCGUACAAUGGUAUAAGGAUGAAGAUGAGCUCACAGCCAAUGAGAAUGUGGAGAUAGUCCAGCAUGGUGCCCGAUGCUCUGUGUCCAUCAUGUGCCCAGAGGGGGAGGACAGUGGUAUAUACACCUGCUUUGCCUACAAUGACGCUGGAGAGGCCUCUUGCCAGGCCCAGCUCACUGUGGAGGAAGGUUUACUUGAGUCUCAGGAGAAAGAGGUUGAGCUGGGGAAAAGAAGGAAGCUCUUUUCUGUCUAUGAUGUCCAUGAGGAAAUAGGAAGGGGAACAUUCAGCGUGGUGAGGCGUGUCGUCCACAAAAGAACAGCCGAAGUGUUUGCUGCUAAAUUCUUGCCUCUGCGGAACAGCACUCGGACCAGGGCCUUCCAGGAGCGAGACUUACUGUCCCGCCUGGCUCACCCCAGAGUGGCCUGUCUGUUGGAUUUCUUUUGCACCAGACGUACUCUGGUGUUGAUCACCGAAAUCUGUUGCUCUCAUGGCCUCCUGGACCAUUUAUUUUUAAGGGGAUCAGUUUCAGAGAAAGAGGUUCAGUCAUAUAUUCAGCAAAUCCUGGAAGGAGUCGGACACAUUCAUAGCAUGAACAUCUUACAUCUUGACAUUAAACCUGAGAAUAUCCUCAUGGUAUAUCCACCGAGAGAUGAGAUCAAGAUCUGUGACUUUGGGUUCUGCCAGGAAAUAGACACAUCCAGACAUCAUUAUAGCAUGUUUGGUACACCAGAGUUUGUUGCACCCGAGAUUGUUCACCAAGAACCCGUCACUGUGGCCACUGAUAUCUGGUCUGUGGGUGUCAUAGCGUAUCUGUGUCUAGUGUGCCGAUGCCCUUUUGUUGGGGAGACGGACCGUGCUACACUGUUGCGGGUGGGGGAGGGGACCCUGAACUGGGAUGCCCCCGACAUCACUCACAGGAGCCCUGAAGCCCAGGACUUCCUCCGCAUGGUUCUCCAGCCAGAUCCAGAGAAGCGUCCAUCAGCCUUUGAGUGCCUCAGCCAUGAAUGGUUCCAGGAUGAACAUGCUGUAGAGGACACAGAUGAAAUUAACACAAGGAGUUUGAAAGUUUUCCUCUCUAAAAGGAAAUGGCAGCGUUCGUUGACUUGCGUUGGUUCGGUGCUUAUGUUGAGGCCUAUACCAGAGCUGCUGGAUGCUCCUCUCCGAGAGACUGCAGUCACAGUUCCCCGUGAACCUCAGGAACACAGCAGCACCUCUUUAAGCAGUGGCUCCUCAUCCGAGUACGACGAAGCUGACUCAUGGGAUUUCUUCCAGCACUACAGCCCGACUGAAGAGGAGGAAGAAACAGAGGAGGACUAUGACCCUGUAAUGGAGAGAGCUCAGAUCCCAGAGCCAAUCACCCAGCUCCGCUUCGAUGCAGAGAAGGAAGAGGAAGUGACACCAGGGGAGGAAGACGAUGGGGAGAGAAGUGUUCUAGAGCGCAGUAUGAGCAGGCAGUCAGUUACCUCAUCAGACGUAUCCUGCCAAGCUACACCCCAGAGGGAGCGUAGGUUCAGCAAAGACAGUAGUCCAUCCCUUUACUUAUCGGAUGGGGAUGAGGGCUCUGGAAGUGAUGGAGGUCGUAUCCCUCGGGGCAGCGUCAUUCGAAGCACUUUCUACAGCACCUCACAGCAGCUUUCACCAAUGUCUGCCAGACACAUGACAUUACGAGACAAAUUUCAGGCCAAAAAGCAGGAGAGAGGGCGCAAACCACUAAGGAGAAGCUUUUCUGGACGUCUAAAUGAGCCUCUUAUUGAAUAUGUGGAAGAUGAGAUGGAAGGCAGUCGUGCUCAGAGACGGGGAUCAGUCCAGCCCACGAUGCAGAAAUCCUGUUCUUUUGACAGCGGAUUUGGACUCUCACACACUAACAUGCCACCGCACAGGAGGAGCCGGUCCCUGGAUGAUUAUUCACGACGCCCUGACAGCUCACCUAAAGAAGAAGGUACACAGAGUCUGAAGGAAGAUUUCACAGAAGAUGACGCAGCAGGGAAGAAAUUGUUGGCCAUCCCAAGCCCGCGACGGGCUGCACAAAGACGGGGAUCUGUGGCUCUAGUGCAAGGGAUGAACAGUGUUUCUGAUGCCUCUGGUAGAUUGAGCUUCUUGGCUGGAGAAAGGAGUCCCAAGCUGGGUCAGACUGAGGGAGGCACCUUCUGUGGCUCCCAGGGAUCUUUGUCCGAAUCCUAUAUUUUAGAGCAUGGAGGCUCAGACUCUUCUAGUAGACUUGGAUCUUAUGAGGAGCUCAGUCAUCUUAGAGGACGAUCAGGAGACAGUGAAGGGUACGAUGAUCAGGGAGCGCCUCUGAUUUCUUCAUCACCUCUUUCAUUUCGAGGCCUGGAGCGUGAUAUCAAACCCCGCGCACCGCCACGAAACCGCACCCGAUCAAACCCCAACUUAUCUACAAUCAGCAGAAGUCAGGUGGUGUCAUCAGCAACACCAAGCCCCAGUCCCAGCCUGUCUUCUCUUCAGUCUCCAGAAAGACCUCCUAGGACCAGGGACAAGAAGGAGGGCCACGGCCUUCAGAGACACGCAUCAGCUCCAGCCCUUGAAGCCCGGCAACCCACCGGAAAGUCACCCAAGCUGGGACUGUUGAAGAUCUUCCGCAGGCAGUCAUGGACCGGCCAUUCGUACUCGCAACUGGACGAUGUUGAGUUGGGACCAACACUCGGAGAGAUCAUGAAGCCUGACACGCCCACGAUGUCUCUGAGGAAGAGGAUGAGAGCCUCAGCCUCCAGCCUCACCAAAUUGUUCUCCAGGUCUUCUAGUAAGGAGGAUGUCAGUACAGGGCCAAUAGUUAAAGGAUCAUCUCCCAUCCCACCUGAGAGGAACCCUAAAAAGAAGACCUCAAAACUUUUACCUUCUUUAAAAAUCCCUUCAUUUAAAAAGACAAAAGAUCUGUCAGUCCGGCCUAACAAAGCUGAAGUGCUGCCGUUGGAUGGAGGUGGAGUCCUGUUGGUGUGGAAACCAGUUCAGUCCAGCGAUCCUGUCACCUACUGUGUGCAGUACUGUACAGACGGUGGAGAAUGGACUGUCCUGUCAGAUGAAGUGACGGACAGCUGCUACGUGGUGAAGGAUUUACCUCGAGGAGCGUCUUAUGUCUUCAGGGUGGGCUGCAUCACAGAAACAGGAGCAGGGCCAUUCAAUGAUGCCUCAGCACCCACUGUUAUGGCCACUCAUCCUGAAGAGACUCACAUUCCUCUGGUCCAGACUGAUCUCUUGGGGUCAAAGGUGGCAGGGUCAGGAAAACAGAUAACCCACAGGAACUUCAACUUCCUCUCUGAAAUCAACCGGGGUCGUUUCAGUAUACUGACUGUCUGCAGGGACAUUGAGACCAGCCAAGUGUUUGCUGCUAAGAUCACUCCUUAUCAGGCGGAGCAGAGGCAGCUGGUGCUGAGGGAAUACCAGCUGCUGAGGAGGCUUCAUCAUCCUCACCUGGUCCAGCUGCACAGUGCCUACAUCACCUCCAGAUACCUGGUGUUGGUGGAGGAGCUCUGCUCUGGCAAAGAACUGCUCUACAGUCUGGCUGCAAGAGAUCUGUACGCAGAGACACAUGUGGCAGAGCUGCUGGUUCAGAUCCUGAGUGCUGUUGACUACCUUCACAGCCGUCGAGUCAUCCACCUGGACCUGAAGUCUGACAACAUGCUGGUGGACGACUGCAACCAUGUCAAGAUUGUAGACUUUGGUUCAGCCCAGUCCUUCACACCUGGGCAGCCUCUCCACAUUGAACAUAUCCAGGGCCUGUCGGAGAGUAAAGACCGCCGCAGCAAAGCCUCACCCACCUCAGCUGAACCUAGCUUCCAUAUCCUAACAAACCAAAGUCCAUUUUCUUAUAAUUUUCAUCCUUCUAUCCUACCUGAAUCUGUUCACAAUCAAAUAAACAUGGGCGUGAAUAUGGCGAUGGUCAGUCACAUCACAAUUCUUUAUGAACAAUAUCCUGUGUCUUUCUGUUUUUGUUCAGUUUAUAUUGUCCUACCUAAAGCACCGGAGAUCCUGGAAGGUCAAGGUGUCGGACCAGAGACUGACAUUUGGGCUAUUGGUGUUCUGUCAUUCAUCAUGUUGAGUGCUGAUAGUCCAUUCCAUGCAGAGCUCAGCUGGGAGCAAGACAGAAACAUAAAGAAAGGAAAGAUCCAGUUUGGACGCUGUUACCCUGGUUUGUCAGAGGGGGCUUUGAACUUCAUGAAAAGCAGUUUGAACCACAAAUCCUGGGGCAGACCCACUGCAGCUGAAAGUCUUCAUAACCCGUGGUUGCGUGCCCAUCGUACUCCACACAAAGCCAGGGCCUCUAAGGUGUGCUUUUCCACCGACAAGCUUAAAGCUUACCUGAGUCAGAAGGAGGAGAAACGAGACCAGGUCCGCACCAAGCUCCAGGGUCCCUUCUUCCCAUAAUGCAACAGCAGAAAAAGGAGGGCAUUUGUUUAUUAGCAGUUUAAAUGUGUAGCGAUAUCAUGUCUGUUUUUUUCUCCCUGUAUGACUUUUUGUGUUACAAAAUGUGAUGCGUCUUAAAAUGGUUUCAAAGUGUAGUUAUGCAUUAAGGAUGUUUAUGUGAGUGCUUUGGUCUAUACUGAAACAUAUCAGGGAUAAGGUUAGUCUAAGCAGUGAGUGCACAGUGAUGCAGGAGCUCUAAAGCUUUUUUUGACAGUUGUUUGUUUCUGGUUGUCUGUUAGUGUCAAACAGAUGCACCAGGUGGCCUUAAAGUGAACAUGUUCUUUGUGCUGCUUACUGAGAAUACGUCUAUUUAUGAGUGAUAUAUACAAUGUACAUGGUGUGCCUUAAGGAUGGAAUGUAUACACAGAGAAAUUGCUUAGAUUUAAAGGUUUUAUUGCUUUGUCAGUUAUAUCAGAUCAGCCCCCAAACUGAUUGAUAAGACUGGAAGAUGAAUUAAAUAUAACAGAAGUAAAUUGUUCUCAUAUUCUUUAUUUGUUCUCAAUUGUGUACAAACACACAAACACCACUAAAUCUAUCACAAACCCACAUUUUCCUAGUCUGAAAAAAUCUUUCAAUUCCCUUCACAUCCAUCCUUUUCAAACUGUUUUUCUCUGAAUAUUAAACUGCACGGAGUCCUUGAACAAAAUGGAUGGUAACAA